AUGUGUGAUACUGGCUCUAUCAACAUGUCACUUUGUAAUACAACUCCAUACGAGACUCUAGAUGUUGACUCACAGACGUCUGACUCCUAUUGGAUCGACUCCGAAGCGUCUUUAGAAGUCGUGGUCAUCAUAGACAUGUUUAUACAAUACGGGUUGUGCUGCGCUGGGGGGUUGGCUGGGAUGGUCGGCAACCUCCUGAGCAUCGUAGUGCUAGCACACAUCGGGUUGGCCAACAGCACCGAGAUUCUUUUGUUAUCUUUGUCGUUCUGUGAUCUAGUGUUUUGCGCAUGCUCAUUUGUAAAGCCAGCGCAGGUCAUUGCCGAAACCGUGGAACCAAUGCUAGGCAAAACCUUCGAAACGAUGUGGAUUCAGUACAUGCAAAGUGUCAAAGUCGGUGCCAGCUUCUGCAGUAACACGCACGUCCUUGUCAUUGCUGUGGAGAGGUUCGUCGCCGUGUUUUUCCCGUUUUACGCCUCACGUUUUUUAACCGCGAAAACCACACCCAUCUUGUUGGUCGUCUGCUACAUGUAUGUAUUCGUUCCAGUGGCGACGUUUUGUGAAACAAUGUUUACCCAUGCAUGGGUCAAGGACGCAGCUUCAAAUCGCACCUACGCCAUUGUGGAGUACACCAGAUUUUAUCUGGAUAAUUACAAAACUCUCGAGGUCUUUGGGCGUCAGGUCUUCAAUAACGUUUACCUCACAACAAGCGUUCUGAUAGUGGCAAUAUUAUCUAUGGCUAUCAACUUUAAACUGAUCUAUUCGAAAGAUCGAGAAAAUCUCCGCAAGUCUGGCAAAAGUUUGAAAAGAAACGAAAGAAAACUUUCCAAAAUGCUUCUCGCAGUGUGUACAUGCUACGUGACUCUAAACAUACCCAACAUCAGUAUGGAGCUCUUCAACUCGUGUGUAGAGGUUCAGUACAGAUCCACCCAGUUGGUGAUGCUGUUUGAACACGCAUCUGAUAUUUUCUACACAGGCAACUGUGCCGUGAACUUUGUUCUCUACAUGACGAUGUCCUCCAAAUUUUCUCACUCUUACAAACAGUUGAUUUGUCUGAAGAAAAAGUAG